UGUUUCAGGGUCUGAAAGGGAACUUGUCUAGGUAUCGGUGGUGACCGGGUGAAAGGCUGAUUUGGAGGUGAACAUCAUUGACAAGAGUGGUUAAGUAAUUAGUUCUGUCUUUGAGCUGAAGAAGAAUGGAUACCCUGAUUCCAGUUAUCAACAAAUUGCAAGAAAUUUUUAACACCGUUGGUGCUGAGGUAAUCCAGCUGCCCCAGAUUGUUGUGGUAGGAUCCCAGAGCAGUGGAAAAAGUUCAGUGCUCGAAAGCAUUGUUGGACGUGACUUCCUUCCUCGUGGAUCUGGAAUAGUAACAAGACGCCCUUUGAUUCUACAGCUUGUCAGUGUUGGCUUACCAGAGGACAGAAAACGGGCUAGCAGUGGUGAGAUUGACAUCAGAGCAAAGCAUCCUUACAGCCAUUUUGCAGGAAUCCAAGCGGAAGAAUGGGGAACAUUUUUACAUACAAAGCACAAGAUCUUUACAGACUUCAAUGAAAUUCGACAAGAAAUUGAAAGUGAGACAGAACGAACUACAGGAAACAACAAGGGUAUCAGCCCCGAACCAAUUUACCUGAAAAUCUUUUCUCCCCAUGUGUUGAACCUCACGCUAGUGGAUUUGCCCGGCAUUACAAAGGUGCCUGUUGGAGACCAGCCCCCUGAUAUUGAACAUCAGAUUAAGGAGAUGAUCCUUACAUACAUCAGUAAUCCUAAUUCACUGAUUCUUGCUGUCACUGCUGCCAACACAGAUAUGGCUACCUCUGAAUCUCUGAAGCUUGCCCGAGAUGUUGACCCUGAUGGGAGGAGAACACUUGCUGUCAUCACCAAAUUAGAUUUGAUGGAUGCAGGAACAGAUGCAAUGGAUGUGCUGAUGGGCAGAGUUAUUCCUGUGAAACUUGGCAUCAUUGGAGUUGUCAACAGGAGUCAGCAUGACAUUAAUACCAAGAAAGCCAUCACUGAAGCUCUACAGGAUGAGCAAGUGUUUUUUCAGAAGAAGUAUCCAUCACUAGCUAACCGCAGUGGCACUAAGUUCCUUGCCAAAACACUUAACAGACUGUUGAUGCACCAUAUAAGAGAUUGUCUGCCAGAGCUGAAGACCCGUGUAAAUGUGUUGAUGGCACAGUACCAGUCUGUUAUGAACAGUUAUGGGCAGCCAGUGGAAGAUAAAAAUGCUACUCUGCUACAAAUCAUCACAAAAUUUGCUACAGAAUACUGUAAUACCAUAGAGGGCACAGCUAAACACAUUGAAACAUCUGAACUCUGUGGGGGUGCACGAAUAUGUUACAUCUUCCAUGAAACCUUUGGACGAACACUGGAGUCUAUAGACCCUUUGGCAGGGCUAACAACUUUGGAUAUUCUUACAGCUAUCAGGAAUGCUACAGGACCACGACCAGCUUUGUUUGUCCCUGAAGUUUCUUUUGAGUUACUGGUGAAACGACAGAUGAAACGAUUAGAGGAGCCAAGUUUGCGUUGCGUAGAACUGGUACAUGAAGAGCUCCAGAGAAUUAUACAGCACUGCUCAACAUAUAGCACACAGGAGUUGUUACGGUUUCCAAAGCUGCAUGAUGCAAUAGUGGAGGUUGUGACAGGUCUUCUGCGGAAAAGACUUCCCAUCACAAAUGAAAUGGUCCACAACCUUGUGGCUAUUGAACUUGCUUACAUAAACACCAAACACCCAGAUUUUACUGAUGCAGCUGCUGUGUCGGCUUCAGUGAACAGUGCAAAGCGAGAUGCACUACAAGAUGGAAGUCGAAAGUGGAAGAGUGAUAAACCAGAAGAAGCAAUGACUGAAGAGAAGACAAAAGGAACCCCACAGAACUCUGCCUACUCAAGUCCUAGCAAAGGCCAUGCAGUAAACUUACUAGAUGCACCAGUGCCAAUAUCCCGAAAACUGACCCUUCGAGAACAACAAGAUUGUGAGGUCAUCCAACGACUGAUCAAGUCCUAUUUCCUUAUUGUACGAAAAAGUAUACAAGACAGUGUUCCAAAAACAGUGAUGCAUUUCCUAGUGAAUUAUGUAAAAGACCAUCUUCAGAGUGAAUUGGUGGGGCAGCUAUAUAAAUCCCAGCUCCUAGAUGACCUUCUAACGGAAUCUGAGGAUAUGGCUCAACAACGUACCGAGGCAGCCAAUAUGUUGAAGGCUUUGCAGCGAGCAAGUCAAGUGAUUUCUGAAAUUCGUGAGACACAGCUGUGGUGAUAAUAUAUCAUGCCUCCAGUUUUUUUUUUCUGCAGUGAGCAUGAGAACAAAUCCUAAAACUGUGCCCAUAGCCUGAUGGAGUUCGCUGGCGCUGUGGCGAGCAAGCAGUCUUUUUCUUUCAAUAUCUUUCAAGACAGUACAGCUUGUAUAAUUUUUAUCACAAGGAGAGACGUGGAACAUUUUUAUUCCUUUCGUAUGACUCUCUUCUUCACUGUUGUGGUGAAAUGUUAAUGUAUAAAUGAAAGUGUACAGAAAGAUUUUUGUAAAGAUUGUUGUGUAAGUCAUAAAGCAUUUAGUAUUCAUAUUCUGCAGAUGUUCCUAUUUAUUUAUGUUUAGACAACGAGCUGUAGUGAAUAUUGCACUGAAAAAGGUAGCCACUUAGAGGAACAGAAGGAAAUGACUUUGGCCAGUAAAAGAUAUAACCUCAAACUUUUAUCUGAUUGUCCAAAUUUGUUUAAAGAAUAUUCCAGUUUUAAAUGACUAACAAGGGUUUGGUACCAUUGCACAGUGAAACCUUAUGCUAGCUACAGCACAUCAGUAGACCAUAACUGAAGUUUAAAAGCUACCUUGGUGUAUGCUUUUCUGUACUAGGAAAUUAGUUUUCAAUCACUUUUGCUGGUCCUCUAUUUAAUUGUCCACAACAUUUGCCAGUUGUUUGAGACCAACACUCCCCAUGUAACCUAGUGCCAACAUAAAACUUUUAACUGACAGACCGUGAAUAAUUAUGUAUUUACAUGACAGCCUAUUUGAAUGAGAUAAUAAAUGUGCUGUAACUGUGAUAAA